UGCCGGCCGGGUGGGAGCUGCGGCCGCUCUCGGGCUCGGCUCAAGGGAGAGGGGGGCGCGCGGCCCUGAGCGUGCUGCCAUCACGCUGCGGCUCCGCACAGGCUGCUGGGGCGCGCUGCCCACUGCACCUCAGGGAAGGCCGCUGACAGCCCAGCGGGGAAGGAUGAUGCCUCUGGGUGAGGAUGGGCCCAGCUGGAAGAAGAGAGCCCAGGACAUCCGGGAGAUCUACGAGUUCCGGGAGACCCUGGGCACGGGAGCCUUCUCUGAGGUGGUGCUGGCUGAGGAGAGGACGAGCCGGAAGCUGGUGGCCAUUAAGUGCAUUGCCAAGAAGGCCCUGGAGGGGAAGGGGACCAGCCUGGAGAACGAGAUUGCCGUCCUGCACAAGUUAGAGUGGAGCCUGGUCUGCGUGUUCCAGCCAAAGAAGCUGCUCUGCAGGCUGGCGCUGCUGGGCCCAGGGCCUGCAGGAGGAGUGGGGGAGUGUCCACUGCCUGGUGUGAGCCUGGGGCUGCAUGGACUGGGCUGCCCCCCAGCUCUCCCCUCCACCUGCAGUGUCUCAGGCGGGGAGCUCUUUGAUCGGAUUGUGGAGAAGGGGUUCUACACAGAGCGGGACGCCAGCCAGCUGAUCCGGCAGAUCCUGGAUGCUGUGCGGUACCUGCACGAUAUGGGCAUUGUGCACCGGGACCUGAAGGUGAGCCACCAUCUGGGGAGGGGCCCUGCCCACAUGGCACUGCUAAACGCAGGCACAGAGGAGUCUCCCCAGAUACUAGCAGCACCCGUUCACCGCUGCCCCUCUCUCCUGGUACAGCAAGCAUUCAAUGCCACCGCCGUGGUGAGACACAUGAGGAAGCUGCAGCUUGGAACCAGCCAGGAAGGACCCGGGCAAACCAUUCCAACCAGUCCCUGCGAGCUGCUGGAGGCUAGUGCCAGCAACGCAGGGGCAGACUCCAGGGGCUGCGAGAGGUUGCUGGGGCCCAGCUCUCACCGCCCCCCCCAGGAUUGACAGCACCCAGCAUGGCCCUGCCUCGCCAGCACUGCCCCACGGGGGCCCUGGCCUCGGGGACGAGCUGCGUGGGGUGGGGGCGCUGGCUGCUGCUGGAGGCACCAAGAGCUGGUGUCUCAUUGCUGCGGCUGAUCCAAGCCAGGUGGCAGGGCACACAGAGAGCUGGCCUGGGACUGAGCCUCCAGGGGAGACAGCAACAGCAGCUGGCGCUUGGGGCACAGCCGCCCUGCCUGCAGAGUGCAGGCUAGGAACCCAGCAUUUCCCCUGGGGCAGAGCCAAGGCCCAGCCUCCCUGGGGGCCACGCCUGGGGUAGGCCACUGACCCCCCACCAUGCUGGGGCCUGCAUGUACUUGCUCAUGCCACUGCAGCCCCCUUCCCUCCCUCCCUCCCCACUCCACAGGCGGGAGCUCAGGUACUGCGCUCUGGCCAGAUCCCCAGCAAGGCUGGGGGUGGGGGUGGGGGUCGGUGCAGCUAAGCUGCAGGGUGACGGGCUGUGGAACAAGGGGCCGAUUCACCUAGCUGCAGUCCCCACUUCUAGCCCCUGUACCUUCCCCCCACCAUGGCCCCAGCCCCUCCCCGCAUGUUCAAGCAGAAUUUCCA